AUGUCUAUGAGUCUCAAUCUAGCUGAAAUGGUCCCCAAUGCUAUUGGAAUGAUAGCCUUUGACAAUGACGGUCAAAUUAUCGAGGCUGUAGGAAUUGGCAAAGAAAGAAAAGAAGAUGUGCUACAAUUGCAACAAGUUGAACUUGAUGACGAAGGAUUUGGGUUAUUGGAAUAUGACAACAUCCAAGUUUUAAUAUAUAAGAAAGAAGAGAAGACUGUUGCUGUAUAUACGCAUUCCGGAAAAUAG